AGUCAGACGGAGCUGGCCCCGGAACUGGGGCUGUGCUGGGAAGCCCAGCUGAGAGCAGGCGGGAGCGGCUGCCCCUGGUGCCCACCUCACUAAGGGCAGGACUUCUGCUUCUCGGUGCCAUGAAGCUAUUGGUCUCCUUCCAGCCAUCCCUCUUCAUUACCGUUUGCCUGCUGGUUAUCCUGAUGGCCUCUGCCUUAUUAUGCCUGGAUAGCCAGUUCCCCAUCCUCAGGUGGAGGAACCCCUUGCUCAAUGACCCAGGGCAGAGUCCAUCUGCCUCCUUCAAGGAGCUGGGCAUGUGGACCGUGAACUCCGCCGGGCGCCUGGGGAACCAGAUGGGGGAAUACGCCACCCUCUACGCCCUGGCCAAGAUGAAUGGGCGCCAGGCCUACAUCCUCCCGGAGAUGCACCAGCAGCUGGCACCGCUCUUCCGCAUCACCCUGCCUGUGCUCUCCAGAUUCAUGGCUUCGAGGAUCCCAUGGAAGGACUAUGAGCUCCACGACUGGAUGUCGGAGGAGUACAGGCACAUCGAGGGGAAAUACGUCUGGCUCACAGGCUACCCCUGCUCCUGGACCUUCUACCACCACCUUCGGCAGGAGAUCCUCCAGGAAUUCUCCUUCCACGACCACGUCAAGAAGGAGGCCAACCGGUACCUGGCUGGGCUGCGUGGCCAGCGCCAGAACGUGACCUAUGUGGGCGUCCAUGUCCGGAGGGGGGACUACGUCCGGGUAAUGACCAAAAAAUGGAAGGGGGUUGUGGCGGACAAGGCCUACCUGGAGAAGGCCAUGGGCUACUUCCGAGCCAAGUACCAGGAGCCGGUCUUCGUGGUGACCAGCAACGGGAUGCAGUGGUGCCGGGACAACAUCGACGCCUCGUGGGGGGACGUGUAUUUCUCGGGGGAUGGGAAAGAGUCGUCACCGGGGAGGGACUUUGCUCUCUUGGCCCAUUGCAACCACACGAUCAUGACCAUAGGGACUUUCGGCAUCUGGGCCGGCUACCUGGCUGGGGGGGAGACUGUCUACUUGGCUAACUACACCCUCCCUGAUUCCCCCUUCCUUGAGAUAUUCAAGCCCUGGGCCACCUUCCUGCCUGAGUGGAUCGGGAUUGACGCUGAUCUCUCCCUGCUGCGGAGUGGAACAUCUGGCUAAAGGAGCUCAGCCAGUGAGAUCCACCCACCGUCGCAUGGCCGAUCUGCCCAGGAUUGGUCACCUGGGAUCCUCAAGCCAGUGGCCUACUGCUGAUCUGAUAGUAACGUUCAGAGUGAUGGAGUAUGGAGGUCAGGAUGCCAGGGUUCUCUCCCUGGCUCUGAGAGGGGAGUGGUGCCUAGUGGUUAGAGCAGGGCGGGCUGGGAGCCAGGAUACCUGGGUUCUCGGCCCAGUUUCAGUGGUGUGUUCAGGCGACCCGGGAUGCUGGCCCAGGGCGGUGGAGGUUGGCCUGGAGGACUAUGACUCUCAGCUGUUUUGCGAAUGUGGUUUUGUUACAAGAGACAAAUAAACUUGCUCAGUGUUGAGCUGGCCAGGCUCAGAACCCCUCAGGGAAGCCAUGUCCUCACCCCCACCUCCCCCUCAAACAGGGGCUCUCAGUGCUGGGACACACACAGAGCACAGACCAGGAGUCCUGGCUUCUCUCCCCAUUCUGGGAGGUGGGGGGCACUGAGGGUCAAGAGCGGAGAACUGGGGGCUGAACAACUGCAGCAGGAAAAGGAAAAGCCUCGUGCCCCGUUCCCUGCCCCCCUGAGCCAGCCAGUCCCCGCUCACACCCUCUGGCAAGAGCCCAGCAGGCAGACGGGUCCCAGAAACUCCAAGCUGUUCUAUUCUCAGGUGGCGAGGGGCUG